AUGCUUCGUUGGGCAGGCCUUUCCAGCUCGGAGGAUGCAACAAUAGCGCCACCGCACAAGAACAGUGACUGCACCAUUCGACCGACCAGCCAACAGGCCGAUGUGAUGAAGCAAGCGUACUCCAAAGCUCGCAGUCUGACAUGCGAAACAGGCGAGAUGUCCUCGCAAACUACUUCUUCGGCAUCGAGUAGUUUCAGAGACGAAGAAGAAGAUCAGUCGCCACAAAGUAGUAGGGACGUUUCCAAGGAUGUUAAUCAAUUCGUUGUGGUGAUGGACAAGGGGAAUGAGGACAAUGACUGCCCGUCGUCAUUCAAGGAAGAAAAGGCCGUAAAGGACGAAGAUGGGGAUCUCUUCUUUGAUUCUGUGGACCCUGAGUAUGAGAUUGCCGUCUACGUCGAUGGAAUGACUGUAUACCCAUCCGACGGUCGACCAGCUUUUGUUCCACCUGGUCUCUGUUCCGCAAAGAUACCCGACGACUUUCUCGAAAUGGCUGACUUUGAUCCAGCGGAAGCUCGAGUAAUUUGGGAGAAGUGCAAACAAUGGCGAAAAGAACAGAAGAUCUGGUCCAUUCACACGCGCCCAAACCAUCGGUUCCACCACGCAAAGCAGUACUAUCCCAGUUGCUAUUAUGGGGUCAGUAAGGAUGGCUAUGUACUGGAAUACUCAUUCCCAGGGCAAAUGCAACCCAAGGCUCUCUUUCCAGAAAAAGGAGUCAUUGAUGAAAUGUUGGAUCAUCAUUGCUUCAUGGCAGAGUACUCGGCCAAUUGUCUCUACACUGACCGGGAGACUUGGCAACUAUUGGGAAGGGAACCCUUGGUAUUAGAUCUCGACAACCCUAGCCCCACAUCCAAGGGGUUGAUCAUGGUCAUGGAUGUCAAGGGAACAGGACCACACUUGCUAGACUCAAAAGUGUUUACUUUUCUCACGCGCAUGGCAGCAAUGUCAGAAAAGUACUUCCCCGUCUAUCUGGACCGUGUACUCGUGAUCAAUUCGCCGUUCUGGGUAGCUGGAGUCUUUGCCACCAUCAAACCCUUCCUGCCAGAUAUCUUGCCGGUGGAAAUUGUGUCGGUAGCCAAUACGUUGGACACGUUGCGAAAAUACGUCGACGAUGAUCAUCUACCGAUGCAGUAUGGCGGAUCGUGCCCGUAUCCCAUGCAUGAGCAUCCCUUGGAAUGCCGGUUGCACCAAGCUGUGGCAGAGGCCGCAGCAUACGGUACCACUUCGGAAAACGAGAAGAAGAACAACGACAAGCCAAAAGAUUCCUCCCCAACUCCCACCGUGGCCAGCAGCCCCGCAAGUAGUUUUGAAGAGGACGACGAAAAGGAUCCUAGUAAUGCUACCACUAGGGCGGGAUGCUUGCGAGUGCCAUUCUGUGGUGAGGUAGAGGACAGCAAUGUUGAUGUGUUGACCCUUGCUCCACAGCGUCCAGGCUUUGAUUUAGUUAGUGUUACACGACAGUUCUGGACCUCUCUGGUGACUGGCUUUCCUUGUGGUGGGAAACCGCGGUCUACUAGGCAUAGCUAG